AUGAGCCAUAUCAAAGGCAAAGGACACUCGAUUAAGAGAUCUAAUGCUACUCAGGCUCUGAGAUUGCUUGGGACUCAAGUCUUGCAGUGCACUGAAGCAGAUCUCCAGCUGAACAAUAAGGCUGUAGACAGUUACUUGGCAGAGCAGGAGGAGAAAAACAAGCAUCGCAAGGCUUCUACCAUGAACCUCGCACAUGCUCCCCAGACGGAUGAGAUACACAUGGCUUGGUUCGGUGACGACGACAAGGGCUAUUGCCUGCACGCCUUUCUGGUCAUGCCAUUCUUCCCGCGGCCCGGCGAUGGCAUGGAUAUCCAAUCUGUUACCGAGUCAGACCUCAAUGUCGAUAUCCCCGCUUGUUACAAGCUUAAUGAGACGUCUGAUGGGUAUGAUUGGGCCGAGGGCUACGAGGAGCACGGGAAAUAUGCCAAUAAUAGGGUUUACCCGAUAAUGUGCCUUGUUGGUGAAGCCCCUCACAAGGUCGAUUGGCUUCCAGUCUGUCACUUUAGAAAGCUCGAUCUUAAAGACGAGGAUCUGGAGGACAAGGACGUUAUCGAGGCGUUCAUGAGCAAAAGCACGACAGGCAAGUGUGAACAUGGAAACGAUAUUGCAGAUGAAUCUGAAGAUCUGUACGAAGAUAGUACUGCUGGCAAUAACGAUGUACCGACCUCUAGCCGGGAUAGACAGAGUCCUAUUGGCAGGGCAUCUGAGAACGUCAGCACAGACCAAAGUAUCCAGCCUAGGUCGACAGCAGAGGACCCUGAGAGCAGGUCGCCUGAGCCGGACCUCCCGACGCAAGUGGUAAAGAACGAACCCGCAACUGUAGGACGCGGAGAUGGGGCUACAAGUCGGGCGGGCCAGCCUACACGGGCACGCCAGCCGUCCGUUCAGCGAAGAUGGCCAGCAGCACGAAAGGGUCCUCCCAACAUGGAAACUUUAGAUAGCAGUGACAGCGAGUGA